CUGGUGCAAGAGGAGUUUUGCCUCUUCCCGGGGAAGUAAAUGCAUGGUGCCGGUCCAAGUCGGCAGAACCGGAAACCGGGCCGCAAUAUUAUCCUGUGACAAACAAGGCCAAAGGCUGAGUUAAGAGCCACUCGUCCACUACGACACUGCCACGCCUGGUUUCUUUCGUACUUCGACCACUAUACCUUGGCUCCCAUCCCAAGGCACCUUGGUACCUCUAGCGACAGUCUACCAUGUCUGGAUUUGCGGCACUUAUGGCUCUUAGUGCUACACAGACUCGGGAAUCUCAGAAGAGCGUAGAGACCGCCCUUGCUGAGCGCCAGCGUCGAGAGCGGGAACGGCGACAGAAACAGGAUGAGGCUGACCGGAAACAAAGGGAACUGGAGGAGAAACUGCGCCUAAAGCACUUCGAGGACGAGAAGCGGGAGAAGGAGCGGCAACGGCUGAAGGAGGAGAAGACCAAAGCUUUGGAGGCCGCCCGUCUGCGCCGCGAAGAGGAGGAGCGAGAACAUCUGCGGUAUGGCUCCAAGAAGCCUGGGAAGUCGGAGACGAAGUGGCCUUCGUCAUCAUCACAGACUCAAACGCAGGAAAGAGUCCGCAAGAGGAGGCUCCCUUCGGAUGAUGAUGACGAAGCGUCAGGGGCUAGUGUUCUCACUCGAGAGGAGAAGCGCAGGCGCAGAGAGCAAGCUCAGUAUCGCAGCGGGUUCCGGUCUCCCAGACGUACUCCAGCGAAAGGCUACUCGAAAGCAGGCCGUCAGCUACCCGGUGGCGCCAUAGAUGUGACGACGACGACUCCUGGUCUUCCCACGGCGUCCUCGUCUGCCGGAAUGACAACGAAGGAGCGCUUGAUUGCCAUGCCCAUGCAUCUGAUUAAGCUUAACACAAAUAAGCGUGAUACUCGGACCAUCGAAGAGAUUGUAAACGACAUGCAACAGGAAAAAAAGAAGAAAACUUUGAACGGAGAGGACGCCAAAGCAUUCAGCGACUGGUUCACAGAUAAGAAGAAGACAACCGUCUCUGUGACUCCCAAAGCUACUGCCUCUGCCUCUUCUUCCCAGAAUGCCAGUCAGCGGAACACCCCUAUAUCAAGCAUACCCAGUGCUCCGAAGAAAGCGACACCAGUACCGCCUCCUAGAGCACCAUCUUCAUCGUCUUCUAAGCUUGUCACGAAGACCGUCGCUUCCCUUCCGUCGAAGCGACCUGGAUCUACCGACGCACCCAGAUUGGCCUCGUCAAAGCCUGCUGCAAAACCUGCCGUUCAAAAUCGUCCUGUUAUGAAGAAGCGUCCUCGUUCUCCGAGUAGCUCUGUAUCUCCGUCUCCGUCUAAGAGACGCACAGGGGGCUUGGACGAUGAUAUGCGAAGCCAGAUCUGGGCUGCGCUCGGCAAGAACCGCAAUGCUUAUGUUGGGCUCGAUGACUUCAGCGACGAUGAAGAUAUGGAGGCGGAUGCGUCCGCUCUGGAGCGAGAGGAGCUAUAUAGCUCUAAGAUUGCUAAACGUGAGGAAGAGGAGGCCUUGGCUGCUGAGCGUCGACAUGAAGAGGAGAAAAGAAAGAGACGGCUGACGAAAGAGAGGCGUGGUGAUUAGGUGCGUCGCUCUGGUUAGUCUGUUUUCACUCUUUUGGUCGGCUGGAGGACUUUUUUUACAUAUCUACCUUUUGCUUGACAAGUUACACUAAACUAUUCUCCCACACAUCCAUUUUUAUCAACAUACACAUCAUUAUAUCCCUAGCACAUGUAUUCUAGUUUUGUUU